UCGACCUGGUGGGGGACACACGAGAGAGUUUUACCUACCGAAAUGAAACUACUCGGCGGAGAAAGUGAGAGCCGACGUAGCGGACGGUGGGCAACGACGAGCAGGCGACCAGGGCUCCUCGAGACGAGAGGAUAGACAUGGUGGUCCCUCCUUCGCGUGGAUCCUCCUAACCCUUGAACAAAUCUUCCGGUUGAUCCUGUGCUUCGAUUCAUUCGAAGAGUCGUCGACGAAACAAGAAAACAUUCUGGAUCAAACGGAAAAAGAGAAGCGAAGAACAUUUGGACACUCCGAACACGAAGAUCUACACAGGAUAUUCAAAGAGUGAAUUCUUCUGGACGUUGCUUUCUUCUUCUUCUGGAGGAUCCUUCGGUUUUCGAUCAACUUUGAAUUGUGCAUUGCUGGAAAGAAGAAAGAAGGAAGAGAAGAAGAUGAAACUAUGAAGAAGAUCGUCGGUGACUGUAAGACAUCGGGACACGUUGGGUAUGAUAUGGUACAAUGAUCGGGUGUAAUUGAUCGUAGUUCGCCGCGGGUGUCGCGUAAUUCGAGUGAGAACCGCGAUAGAGGAACUACUGGAUACCUCGUGUUCGUUGUUGUGUUAUGGUGGUGAGGACUGUUCAGAGUAGACGCGGAAGAAAACGAGGAAGAAGAAGAGACGGUGGAAGGAUCCACGCAAAGAAUUCUUCCCGAGGGUUCGAAGACAAGCGGAGAAAUCGUCUAGAAGAAAUUAGAACGGAUAGGAUUGCUUUGGUUCGAAAGAUCGCUGAACGAUGGGUACAGCUAGGUGGUGCCAAUGGUUGCUCAUAGGAAUAGUCCUCAUCGUCUCUUCAAGUCGUACCACGAGUCAAACAGAAGUCUCAGGAACGAGUCCCGGCAAGCCAGAGACAAACUUUAGCCCUAGUAUCGUGGAAGCUCAAAACGAUAACGAGAACAAGACCGAUCUGGCACUUAACUCUGCUCGUAGACGACGAUACGUUCGCUUCCCGACUGGUCCAGCUGGCUAUCUCUUCGAGGGUGGCGGUCCACCUAUAGGAAGGAACAUUGGUGUUCCUCCUAACGUACGAUUCCCGUCAUGGAGGCAACACAAAUCCGUGUGGAGGAGUCCUGUCUCUGAAUAUAACAGGCCAGUGAUGGCUCAUCGGACACCGCGACUCAUCUUCCGCGACAACGACUUUCCAUCCCCUGUCGGUGGCAGCGCACCCUCCUUCUUCCAACAGUCCAACCACUUACCAGAUUUCGAGGACGACGCAAGAGAUCAUCGAAAGCAAACACUCGACGAUUACCCUAGGUUAGAGUCAGAGCCGCGUCAACAAAACAGACCGCUGUGGAAGGGUGACGAUACGUUGUGCGCUGACGGACGAAGCUGCGAAUUUUUUCUAAUGUGCUGGAUGUCCGCUGGCCUAUUGGACGGCAGUUGCGGCGGCAUUAUGUACGCUUGUUGUCAGCGGAGAGAACCGAAAGGUAGCUCUGAUUAUAACCUGAUUGAGGCACCUAGAGAUCAGUCUCAGCCGCUUCCGUUGGAUACUUACACGGAGACCGCCAAUGAUGAUCGCUGCGGUAUCCCCGCCUCGAAGCAAACCGCUCAGAGAAGAAUCGUCGGCGGCGACGAAGCUGGCUUCGGCAGUUUCCCAUGGCAGGCAUACAUACGAAUCGGGUCCAGUCGAUGCGGUGGCACACUCGUCAAUCGUUUCCACGUCGUCACUGCCGGCCACUGUGUAGCCAAAGCAUCGGCCCGCCAAGUUCAAGUCACUCUCGGCGACUACGUGGUCAAUUCAGCCAGUGAAACCUUGCCAGCUUACACUUUCGGUGUCAGAGAGAUCCGUGUUCAUCCUUACUUCAAGUUCACCCCUCAAGCCGACAGGUUCGACGUGGCUGUUCUUCGACUGGAUCGACCUGUUCAUUACAUGCCUCACAUAGCACCGAUCUGCCUGCCUGAGAAGAACGACGACUUUCUGGGUCAAUACGGUUGGGCCGCGGGAUGGGGCGCGCUGCAAGCUGGUUCGAGGUUGCGCCCGAAGACGCUUCAAGCGGUGGACGUACCUGUGAUAGACAAUCGAGUCUGCGAAAGGUGGCAUCGGUCGAACGGCAUCAAUGUCGUAAUUUAUGACGAGAUGAUGUGCGCUGGAUAUCGCAGUGGCGGCAAAGACUCCUGUCAAGGUGACAGCGGUGGACCACUGAUGCUGGAGAAGACAGGACGCUGGUACCUGAUAGGGAUAGUGUCAGCGGGAUACUCCUGCGCUCAGCCAGGCCAGCCAGGGAUCUAUCAUCGCGUGGCGAAGACCGUCGACUGGAUAACGUACGUCAUCAACUCGUAGCGGCGUAGAUCCAGGAAACGGAGACCGUUCUCUGCACGCUAAGAAGCUUUGCAUGAAACAAAGUUCGCGACACGGUACUGGAUAUGGGUCUCCAUGUUCGCAAGUGGCCGAAAAAGGAUCGGAGGAGUGCUCUGGAGCGAGACUGGCCGGCGGAUAAGAUUAAACGCGUGCGCUGUGUAACCAACGAUUUGGCCAUUUUGUAUUCGAAGCAUGUAAAUACCGCAACAACGCGACGUCCACGGAAACGGUUUCGUAUGUCGGGAAGAGACUUUUUUCUUCGUCGAAACUGUUAGCGUUACGUGUCAUUUUUAAUAUAUAUAUACAUAUUUUUUUUUUUGAAUGAAACGAGACGAAGCGUUGCGUGACCGCUGGUGUCUUAAGCAACAUAUUAUUUGUCGCCUCGGUUGUCGACGAACCGGUGAGGACUGUAUCGACGUGAAUAUUUUCUAAAUUAAGUGCGUGUGAUAUUUGUUUAUAUUCGCGCUUAAUAAAUGUUCGAUUUUUAUUUCAAGACUGGUCUCAUUUCUCAUUUCAUGAGAGAAAGUGUUGAUGAUUAUAAUUUAUAUGGAGAGUGUAAUUGUCAUUGGGGCAAACUUGAGUACGAAAAUUUGGUAAUUUUAAGUUACCCGAGACAUUGUACUCUGAUUAAUAACAAUAACCUAGAAGAACGAGUACAAUGGUCCUCGAU